CAUGCCGAUACAACACAGAGGUCAUGCCACGGCCCUGAAGUUGUAUUCCGAUCUGUGCAACGGACGAUCUCUGCCACUAGAGUGCGAUUUGCGGGUGCCCUUGCAGCACAUGUGCCGGUGCCCCGUGGGAACAUGUUCACCCGAGGAGUCGACGAGAUGGAUGGGGUGACGGGGUGCCGUACCGUACCUCGGCUCGCGAUGGUCUAUAAGUACAUUAUGUGGCCUGUUAAAGCCCGAUAUUCCCAGUCCCUACCGUGCUCCCCUUGCCCGAGCACACAGGCAUGCUCCUUACAUCAACCAUGUCUUCGUUAAGGGGCCUAGGCCGCAGCGGCGAGCUGGCAUUGAUGCUGCUCUUGUUGCUCUUCAGCCCGCUGUUUGUGGACGCACACCCACGCCAAGUCACCCGCGCCGGUGAAACGGGCCGAGAGCGUAUCAGUCUCAACGAAGGCUGGAAGUUCUCGCGCUUCACAUCCAACCCGGACUCGCUGUCGUACAACACGCUGAAACCGUGGAUCCUGCCGUCGGCGAACGACUUCAUCCAGGGCACCAAGCACCCGCGGCCUUCGGGGACGCCGCCGGGCCGCGAUGUGCAGUACGUGCAGGGCUCGUUCGACGACAGCGGCUGGGAGACAGUCGACCUGCCGCACGACUGGGCCAUCCAGGGGCCCUUCAACGCGCCGGGCAUCAGCGGCGGCAUGGGCCGACUGCCGUCGAACGGGGUGGGGUGGUACCGCCGCAAGGUGGCCGUGGCGGCCGAGGACGUGGGCAAGUCGGUCUUCCUCGACAUCGACGGCGCCAUGUCGUAUUCGGCCGUGUGGCUCAACGGCAACCUGGUGGGCGGCUGGCCGUACGGCUACAACUCGUUCCGGCUCGACCUGACGCCGUACCUGCGGGUGGGCGACGACAAUCUGCUGGCCGUCCGGCUCGACAACGCCGUGGACAACUCGCGCUGGUACCCCGGUGCCGGCAUCUACCGCAACGUGUGGCUCGUCAAGACAAACCCGACGCACGUGGGCCAGUACGGCACGUACAUCACGACGUCGGGCGUGUCAGACAAGUCGGCCACGGUCAACCUGAUCGUCGAGGUCGAGAACAAGGGCAACUCCAGCAGCAGCCAGGGGGUGCAGGUGGCCACCGAGAUCCGCGUGCUGGGCGGGACCGAGGCCGUGGCGACGUUCAAGCCGGCGACCGUCAGCAUUCCACCGGGCGAGAAGCGGUCUGUCAACACAUCGACGACUGUCACCAACCCGCUGCUCUGGGGGCCGGCACCGCUGCAGAAGCCCAACCUCUACGUCGCCAUCACAACGCUCUCAUCCGGCGGCGCCGUCAUCGACACGUAUGAAACCCGCUUCGGCAUCCGCGCCGUUACGUACGACCCCAACAGGGGCAUCCUCGUCAACGGCCAGCGCGUGCGCCUCCAGGGGACAUGUAACCACCACGACCUGGGCUCGCUCGGCGCCGCCUUCAACACGCGCGCCGCCACCCGGCAGCUGGAAAUGCUCCAAGAAAUGGGGUCCAACGCCCUGCGCACCUCGCACAACCCCCCGGCCCCGGAACUGCUCGACCUGGCCGACACGCUGGGCUUCCUCGUGCUCGACGAGAUCUUCGACACGUGGAACAGCCACAAGACGCGCAACGACUUCCAGACCAUCUUCGCGGACUGGCACGAGCCCGACCUCCGCGCCUUCGUCCGCCGCGACCGCAACCACCCGUCCAUCAUCGCCUGGUCGGUCGGCAACGAGAUCGCCGAGCAAUCCUCCUCGGCGGGCGCCAACACGGGCCGCGAGCUGCGCGACAUCGCCCGCUCCGAAGACCCGACCCGCCCCGUGACGGCCGCCCUCAACGCAGCCGGCCCGUCGGCCCAGCUCCCGGGCGUCCUGGGCAUGAUCGGCCUCAACUACCAGGGCGAAGGGCAGGGCACGUCGACGGCGGGCUCCUUCGCCGCCUUCCACGCCGCCCACCCGGACAAGGUCAUCUACUCGUCCGAGUCGGCAUCGGCCCUAUCCACGCGGGGCACCUACAUCUUCCCCGUCACGGCCGGCAACUCGGCCACGGUCGGCGACGCCGCAGGUGGUAACUCCACGUCGCACCAGGUCUCGGCCUACGAGCUGUACGCCACGAGCUGGGGCUCGUCCCCCGAUAAGGUCUUUGCCGCGCACGACAGGACCGGGCAGCCCUCUUUCGUCGCGGGCGAGUUUGUCUGGACCGGGUGGGACUACCUGGGCGAGCCGACGCCGUACGACUCGUACGCGCGCAGCUCCUAUUUUGGGAUUAUCGACCUGGCCGGGUUUAGGAAGGACCGCUUCUACCUGUACCAGGCGCGCUGGAACCCGGACGUGCGCAUGGCGCACCUCCUCCCGCACUGGACCUGGACCGAUGACCAGAACAGGGUGGGGCUGGUCACGCCCGUGCAUGUGUUCUCGUCGGCGGACGAGGCCGAGCUUUUUGUGAAUGGGGUGAGUGCGGGGCGGGUGAAGAGGGGGCAGUAUGAGUACCGCUUUCGGUGGGAUGAGGUCGUUUAUCAGCCGGGGAAUAUUAGUGUUGUGACGUACAAGGGCGGGAAGGAAUGGGCGCGGGCGGAGAGGAGGACGGUGGGCGCCGCGAAGGGGCUGAGUGCCAGCGCGGAUCGGACCGAGAUCAAGGGGGAUGGCUAUGAUUUGAGUUUUGUCACGGUCGCGGUGGUGGAUGGAAACGGCGAUACCGUGCCGCGGGCCGACAAUGCGAUUACCUUCUCCGUGGACGGGCCCGGCACGAUUGUGUCGACCGACAAUGGCGACCCGGCCGAUUUCACUCCGUUCCCGUCGCGGACGAGGAAGGCGUUUAGCGGUCUUGCUCUGGCCGUGGUCCGCGCGAAAAGGGGUGCGUCGGGCCAGAUCACUGUCACGGCGUCUGCGGGCGGGCUUGGGACGGCGAAGGUGGUUCUGCAGGCUAGCUAAAGCUAUCCGACUGAGUCUGACUACGAGGGCAUAACAAGAAGACACGAAAAGCAGCUACAAUAUUUAACAAGUCCCCCUCCCCUCGCCCUGGUUAUAUGCCAUGGUUGUCAACCACCCUCCUCUCCUCAGCCCACUUCUUCAACGCCUCAAAAUCCUUGCACAGAUGCACCGCCCCGGUCCCGUCCGUGUCCGGUAUCGGCGCCUUGGGGUUCUGGCCCUCGAGCGCCGUGUCGCCGCAGCAGACGAUCGACUGGCG